AGCCGCGUUGACUGCCAAAGUCACUAUAGACGCUUUGUUCACAGCGCUCUUUGAACACGAAUGACUUUCGACCAUUCACUAUACUCAGCUUUAGCGAAUCAUAUACGCAUUAUCCAAUACGUACAAAGCCUUUGUACUGCCAGAAGUGAACACCAUUCACAAUCGUCUUGUACUUGCAGCACCGUCGAUUGCCAUUCUUAAGGACCUCUCUCACCCUCUACUUUCGAUCCUCACCAAAGAACGAGAAAAGCAGAACGAAGCAACAGCACCGCAAGCCCCAAACUCUACACAAUCGUCAGGAACGAUUCUCGCAAACACACACUCAUCCAACCCACACCAAACCUCCACCAACGCGACAAUGCGUUUCAACCCCAACGCACAGGGCCCGACCGCCGAGGUCUCCGCCGCUGAAGCGGAGGAGUUCAUCACGCCAGCCCUCUCGAAAUCCACACAGCAUGCCCAGAAGAUGGCAGCGCUGAACCAAGAAGAAGCUCUUCCCGUCGGUGAAGACGGUAAGACCACGAAGCUAGAGUAUGCACGCCGUAGACACCAGGGCUUGUGUUUCUACUGCGGAAAGCACGACGCAACGGAGCAAUGUCGCAUACUUACCCGGAAGAACGCCGCUGCUGCGCUGAAGGCAUCCAAGGCAGCUGGUGGGGAGGGAGCUGCUCCAGCCCCUGCCCAAGCCGAGAAGCGAGACAACCGCAACUAGAGUGGGCCCUGGCCUCUCUACGUGACGGUGACCCGACGAAAACCCCCCAACAACCCUUCUUGAAAUCCGCAGACCCAUCAAAACUCUCGAGCUGUGCCGUUGCAAGCAGCUCUGACAACUAAGAUUCAGCUAUACCGAUGCGACUAGCUGACAAUCUGAAAACAGCAUGGCUAUACCGUUGUGAUUAGUCGAUAAAAUAACAAAGAAACCAUAGCUAUGCCUUUGUGAUUAGCU